CCAGGCUUUUUAAAACAAUUAACGUUUUUUAGAAACGUUUAAAAAGCAAUUGGCGCCAAAUUAACUUGGCUACUUUUUGAUUCUCCAGUUCACUGUGCUUCUUACCCAAUUGCUAAAAUAACAUUAUCUUGUAAGUGAAUUUAGACCUCAAAUUGAGGACUGUUUUUGUCAUGGGUGAUCAAAAUCACGAUCAAAAUGAAGACUUUGAACUAGAUGCAAAUAUGUUUGUAAUCAAAAGAGGUGGUCGACAGGAAGAGUGUCAUUUUGACAAAAUAACUUCAAGAAUAAAAAAAUUGUGCUUUGGUCUGGACAUGAAAUACAUAUCCCCAUAUGCAAUCACGUGGAAAGUUAUUCGUGGCAUGUACCCAGGAAUUACCACUGUAGAGCUAGACACUCUUGCCGCAGAAGUAGCUGCUUCAAUGACUACUAAACAUCCAGAUUAUGCUUUACUUGCAGCAAGAAUUGCUAUUUCUAACUUACAUAAAGAAACAAAGAAAAAAUUUAGUGAUACUAUUGCUGAUUUAUAUAACUAUAUUAGUCCUGAGAUUAAUAUGAAUUGUCCAAUGGUUUCUGAGGAAGUCUAUCAAAUAGUUCAAAAGAACAAAGAGAGGCUAGAUGGAGCAAUUAUAUCUAGUCGUGAUUUUGAAUAUCAUUAUUUUGGCUUUAAGACUCUUGAAAGAUCUUAUUUGCUAAAAAUUAAUGGUAAAACUGCUGAGAGGCCUCAACACAUGUUGAUGAGAGUAUCUGUUGGUAUACAUGGUGAAGAUCUUGAUGCUGCUAUAGAAACAUAUAAUUUAAUGUCAGAAAAAUGGUUUACUCAUGCCUCUCCUACAUUAUUCAAUUCUGGCACCCCCAGACCUCAGAUGUCAAGCUGUUUUUUAUUAGCUAUGCAGAGUGAUAGUAUUGAAGGAAUUUUUGAUACUGUUAAACAAUGCGCAAUUAUUUCAAAAUGGGCUGGUGGCAUUGGUCUUCAUAUUCACUGUAUACGAUCUUCUGGGAGUUAUAUAGCUGGGACAAAUGGUCAUUCGAAUGGAAUAAUUCCCAUGUUAAGAGUAUUUAAUAAUACUGCAAGAUAUGUUGAUCAGGGAGGUAACAAGCGACCAGGCUCAAUUGCCAUCUACUUAGAGCCUUGGCAUGCUGAUAUUAUAGACUUUUUAGACUUAAAAAAAAAUACUGGUAAAGAGGAGCAGAGAGCUCGUGAUUUGUUUUUUGGUCUUUGGGUUCCCGACCUAUUUAUGAGAAGAGUAGAAGAGAAAGGUAUGUGGUCAUUAAUGUGUCCUCAUGAAUGUCCUGGUUUAGCUGACUGUUAUGGGGAAGAAUUCGAAGAGUUGUAUCAGAAAUAUGAAAGCGAAGGGCGAUAUAGAAAACAAAUUCCAGCUCAAAAGUUGUGGUUUGCGAUUUUAGAAUCCCAGACAGAGACUGGAACCCCUUACAUGCUUUAUAAAGAUAGUUGCAAUAGAAAAAGUAAUCAAAAAAAUCUUGGAACCCUUAAAUGCAGUAAUUUAUGCACAGAAAUUUUAGAAUACACUUCUUCUGAUGAGAUUGCUGUUUGUAAUCUUGCUUCUAUAUCUGUAAACAGUUUCGUGACAGUUAAUUCGGAAACUGUUACACUUCCAUCUGGUGAAACAAAACUUGUUAAGACUGGAGUUUAUGAUUUUAAGAAAUUAAAGUAUGUCACCAAAGUGAUAACAAGAAAUCUAAAUAAGGUUAUAGAUCGAAACUUUUACCCAGUUCCUGAGGCUCGAAAUUCAAACAUGAGGCAUAGACCUAUAGGUAUUGGUGUUCAGGGUCUAGCUGAUGCGUUCAUUUUGAUGCGAUUUCCAUUUGAAUCUGAUGAAGCUAGUCUACUUAAUAAACAGAUUUUUGAAACAAUUUAUUAUGGUGCAUUAGAAGCAUCUUGUGAAUUAGCUGAAAAAGAUGGGACUUAUGAGAGUUACCAAGGGUCACCUAUUAGUAAAGGAAUACUUCAAUAUGAUAUGUGGAAUGUGACACCAACAAAUUUGUGGAACUGGGCAGAACUAAAAGCAAAAAUUGCUCUCCAUGGUGUUCGAAACAGUUUAUUAGUUGCUCCUAUGCCAACAGCCUCUACAGCUCAAAUUCUUGGCAACAAUGAAUCAAUUGAACCAUACACUAACAAUAUUUAUUCUAGAAGAGUGCUUUCUGGAGAAUUUCAAGUUGUUAAUAAACAUUUAAUGAAAGAUCUUACUGAUCUUAACUUAUGGGACGAUAACAUGAAGAACACUCUGAUUGCUCACAACGGCUCUGUACAGAAUAUUGAUGAAAUUCCGGCUGAUAUCAAGGUUUUGUACAAAACAGCGUGGGAAAUAAAGCAAAAAUCAUUAAUAAAUAUGGCUGCAGAUAGAGGAGCUUUCAUUGAUCAAAGUCAAUCGUUUAAUGUAUUUUUAGGCGAACCCAGCUUUUCUACUUUAACUGCUAUACAUUUUUAUGGUUGGAAAAAGGGGCUAAAAACGGGUAUGUAUUACUUGCGUACAAAACCCGCUGCUAAUGCUAUUCAAUUCACUGUCGACCAAAACAAGUUAAAGCAAAGCAAUAAUUUAAAACAGACUGAUGAUGAUUUAAAAAGCUUGAUUUGUUCAUUAGAAAAUAAAGACCAAUGCAUGUCAUGUUCUGGUUAAUAUCCUGAAUUAUUUAUAUAAAAAAACGAUACGCGUGUCGUCAAAAUUAUGCAAAAUACAAUCGAUCUUUAUUUAUUUAACAGUUAUUUAUUAAUGAUGUCUAAGUUUUGUAAAAUUUAUUGUCUAUAUUUGAUAUGUACAUAUAAAUUAUCAUA